AGUGCAAGAGCAGACACCGAGACAGUGUAUUUAUACGUUGUACUAAAUACCUCUUGUCUCCCUCACCCCAGUUUCGCCUUUUGUAUUUUGAAGUGUCCACAGAACAAACAUAGCAGAGGAGUUUCUCUUCUUCAUCUUCUAGAGAGACAUGGAAGGUGGUAACCGGAAGAUAGCAGAGGACGAAGCAGGGCCAUCCUCUUCUUCUGGGAUUGCUGCAAGUAAACAACAAAACCCACAUGAAACUUUUCACCACCAUCAUCAUCAUCAUUAUAGGAAGGAGGCAGAAGAAGAAGACGAAACUGAGGAAGAGGAAGAAGACGACCUUGAUCAUCAUAAAAAUACCGCCUUUGUUCCCGGUCCUCUCCUCUCUCUCAAGGACCAGAUCGAACGAGACAAGGAGGAUGAAAGCCUAAGGAGAUGGAAAGAGAAGCUGUUGGGUUGCAUGGAAAGUGAAUUAGAUGGUCAAAUAGAUCCUGAAGUGAAAUUCCAUUCCAUUGGAAUAAUCUCUGAGGAUUUUGGUGAAGUCAUUACUCCUUUACCUGUGGAUGAAAACAAAAAUGGUCAUAUUCUGUUCACCCUCAGGGAGGGUUCUCAAUAUCAGCUUAAGCUCAAGUUUAGUGUUCUGCACAACAUUGUUUCUGGCCUGACGUACUGCAACACUGUGUGGAAAGGAGGGCUUCAAGUUGAACAGAGCAGAGGAAUGCUGGGUACCUUUGCUCCCCAAAAGGAACCAUACGUACAUGCCUUAAAAGAGGAUAUCACUCCUUCUGGUGUGCUUGCAAGGGGUGUCUACUCUGCCAAGCUCAAGUUUGAAGAUGAUGACAGAAGGUGUCACAUGGAACUCAAGUAUUCAUUAGAGAUAAAGAAGAGGUAGUCCGGGUUGAUGGCACAUUCAUAAUGCGUCCUUUUUUAUAAUUUGAAUUCUUUUUAAUUUUGAAGUUAUUGUUAAUUAUGCUAUUCAGUACUCAAAGUUCUCAUUUAUUGUUGUGAGUUGUGACAAUACUUGCUUGCUAAUCUAUCUACACAAACACAAUGGUUGUUCUCAUUUGUACACAAACAAUCCACGAGAGUUUUCAAAGCGCUAUAGUAAUGCAAAAUCCAAUAUUUUUGGAUAG